GUUGCUGUUGUGCCAGUUCGUCCCCGAGUUGUUCACAGCUACAGAAGAAAACUGCUCAGUGGUGUUACUCGUACUUGGUUGGAAAGGGAAUUCGGUCAGUAGCCACGAAAAAGGGCUUCACUCUUCACGUCGGGCUUCGCUCGGGUGAUUGUGUAGUCUUCAGUUCCUUUUUUCCGUUCGUAAGGAGUUGAUCGCUUGGGUCACGUCAGAAUUUGAGUAUCUGCUACAAAUUAUCGUAGAUCGUGUACCCUUCCAGCACUCUCUGCAUCUGGCUCUGUUUGACCUGUGAAAGUGUCGUCCCCUGAUCCGCUUCAUGAUGAAUUGUUCUCUAUUCCCCGACAAUCCCAAUCACUGUACUGUCAUCAUAAACAUUAGAAGAGCAUUCUCUACACUGUCCCUGGUAGGAUGUAUUUUCGUCAUCUUCAUCAUCUGGCUCUUCAGAAAAUACAAAUACUUUGUACAGCGACUCAUCUUAGCCUUGACAGUGGCAGCAGCAAUGGAUAGUAUUUCGUAUCUAAUGGGUGCUAUUCAUGAAGAGAGAGAGCCAAUUUGUGUGGUACAGGCGUUCUGGAUGUCCUUCUUCGACUGGGCAGUACUGCUGUGGGUGUGCUGUAUAGCAUUCAAUCUCUUCAUGAACGUCAUCAGACUACGUAGAACUGAGAAUUUUGAGAAAUGGUAUCAUGUGAUAUGCUGGGGGGUAUCACUGAUCAUGGCCUGUAUACCUAUCAAGCAAUACGGUCCAGCGGGUGCUUGGUGCUGGAUUGAAAGGGGAGAGACCGGACUGAGAUUUGGCACGUGGUAUGUACCAUUGUUUAUCUUGAUUGGUAUGCUCUUCUUGGUCUACAUCUACAUCAUCGUUACUAUACAGAGACAGGUCCGUCGUUGGGAUGGAACAUACAAUCCAGAGACACAGCGUGACAAGGAGCGUCUAAAGGAAGACGUGCGGCCUUUGAAAGCUUACCCUGUCAUCUACUUGGUCUUGUCAAUUUUCCCACUUGUCAACAGAAUCCAGAAUGCAGUUUCCAACGACCAGGCCAUAUUUGCGUUAUGGGUACUGCACGCAAUAUCCUCACCGCUUCAAGGAUUCUUUAACUCAGUGGCCUUUGCGCUGGACAAAGAAACCUUCAGCCGGCUAAACCUAACACAGAUGAGGAUUGCAUUUCAAAGUCGGCGUGCAGGCAGGAAAGUGCAGGAGUAUCCGAGCGGUGGCGGUGGAGGCACAUCCGAUGGAGAUAUGGUGCCAAUUGCCGACCAUGCCGAAUCAGAAAGUGAAUAGCCACUGUCUUGAUGAUGCUGUUAUCUCCACAGUCAGUAUUGUGGACCUGGACCAGAACACAACUAUCGUGCUGCGGACGAUGUGGCUAAUACGACAACGGGCGCUGCUGCCGCUUCCGCCGGUGGUGUCACUGUUAAUUUUUAGUGUGACUUGACUAACUUACACUGCCGUACGGAUAUGUGUGUACCGGUAUGACUACGCCGCCAUACGAAUGUAUGUAUGAUUGCUCUCAGUCUCCGGAUCCAUGCCAGUUGUGACAGUAUCGACAGGCGUUACCAUGACCACACGCGUUGUUUGCACCUUGUCUAGCCUGUUGUGUAGGCAUGGUAACCUGCGGCUGUACCAUGCGUGUAAGUUACUGUACGUGUACUAUGUGAAUACCGAUUGAUCUAUCAAUGAUGUUCAGUGGCGAUUGAUGAGUGGUGCGAGGUAGCAAGUAAGCAACGUUUGGCACACUGCUCACCUCACCUGUAGUCUCUCUGUCCAUCCACUCUUUGUCAGCAACCUGCCUAGAUAUGGCUUAUUGCCAUCUCUUAACGUCUUGCCGGCCACCAGUUGCCAUGGUAACUGGAAAUGGGUCUGGCGGUCUAGCCCUGCUUCAAGUGUUUGUUUCUCAGCAGUGUAGGAUUGUGCCCGUACCGAGAGCAGAACAGUCAUUGUCUAUGUGACUAGCGGUACAUGCAGACUGGCAGUGUGCUACGGCUGCUUGAUUCUCUUUGAUCUGCUGCUUUUCUCACUUGAUUGUGACUACCUAUAGUAUAGUCUAUAGCAAGAGUACAUGAUUGUACUCUUGUCAAUAGUGAUACACUGAACUAUGUGAUAUGGAGACGUCUCGAUUCGGCGUGUCAGGCAUAGCCAGUAGUGUCUGAUCUAUCAUUGUUUAGAUUUGCGUUGAUUGGUCUUGUUCUCCGUGCCAAAGCGGCCCUACUUUCUAGAACAGUAGGUAUAUUUAUUCUGUCGUCUCCAAAAAUCCUUUCUAGCCUUGUUUGUGUAGAUUUUUAGCCGUGUUAUGUGUAUUUGCUCUUUUAUUUUUGCUCCGACUCCUUUGCUGCUUGCAGACAUGCUGUUAUGUUGACCAAUUUGUCUCCUUGCUGUUUGAACAAUAGUGUCACAAGUAGCGCUCCCCUGAUGUAACUGCUGCAGUGAGACAAACUUGA